AUGCAAUCAUCUCGAGACAGCUCGGCCCACUGGGAGUCUCAUCUCGCCGACGUGGCUCCGUGCUAUUUCCCUCGACUUGGAGCUUCUACUUCCGGGCCAAAAAGGCCGAUGACAAUCAAAGUGGCCUUGGACCAAACCCAGGCUCUCAAGGAGCUCUGCGAAUCGAACACCGCUGCGUUGCCAGCAGCCCUUCGCGCUACAUGGAGCUUGGUUCUGCGUUGUUAUACCGGUGCCGAAGAUGUUUGCUUCGGAUACCAGGACACAGCAACUACGGCUGUUUUGCCAGUAGCUCGACUGGCUGUUGAAGACGACACCGAGAUGUCGCGGUUGAUCGAGACUGCACAAAAUGAGUACGAGAACAGCUUACCGUUCCACGGCGAUGUUCCUCCCAGCGCAAAUGGACCCGUGGGGCACCGCCUCUACAACACCAUUCUAUCCUUCCGUAGUGCUGCCAAGGUUGGAACUGCACCUCUCUCACGGGCCGCCAACAUGGCUCUACCGGAAGAUUGUCGCGUACGACUCAUGACCAAGCUCAUGAGUGGAAGAAUGAGCAUCUUCCUUGAGUGGUGGAGCGUCGACAUGACCAUGGAACAGGCAAUGGGAGUUGCGUCCACUGUCGCAAAGGCUUUUAAAACUGUCAUUACCUCUCCAUCUAUCUCGGUUGGUGCUUUCGACUCGCUUACGCCUCUCCACCUCAAGCAAAUUAUGAGAUGGAACGAUUACCCUCUGAAGACCGUCAACCGCUGUAUUCAUGAAGUUAUCCAUGAUGUGGCCAUCCGUCUGCCAGACGAUGAAGCUAUCUGCGCUUGGGACGGAAGCCUUUCGUUCAAAGAACUAGAUCAUCUUACUUCACGGCUCUCGCACAAGUUAGUGGAAUUGGGCGUUGGGCCCGAAGUCAGGGUUCCUCUUUGCUUUGAUAAGUCGAAAUGGAAUGUGGUUUCAAUGAUUGCUGUUAUGAAAGCCGGUGGAGCUUUUGUCCCCUUUGAUCCUUCGCAUCCGAUACCGCGAUUGCAAGGUCUAGUCAAAGCGCUCGACGCAUCGCUGCUCCUCUGCUCCGCUCACCAUUCACAGCACCUUGCCAGUGUCGCAGAGACAAUCCUGCCUGUCGACGAUGCAUUGGUUAAGGAGCUGCCGUCGGGCCCUGACGCUAUCCGCUUCACUAGCCGCGCCAAGCCCAAUAACGCCGCUUAUGUUAUCUUCACUUCGGGCUCCACCGGAGAACCAAAGGGUACACUAUUGGAGCAUGUUGCCUUUUGUUCGAGCGCCGCCGCUCACUGCGGACCCCUUCAUGUCAGCGAGGGGUCUCGAAAUUUGCAAUUUGCGGCACACACUUUCGACGCUAGCUUGGUCGAGAUUCUCACCCCCUUAAUGCAAGGGGCGUGUGUCUGCAUCCCUAACGAGGAGGCACGACUGAAUAACAUCGUGCAAGCGAUAAACGACAUGCACGUCACUGUCGCGACGCUAACGCCUUCUUUUGUGGGCUUUAUUGAACCGGAUGAUGUUCCCUGUCUGGAGUAUCUUGUCCUUGCUGGCGAGGCUAUGUCCCAGAGCCAUAUUGAUACCUGGUCAAAGAUUAACCUCAUUAACGGCUUUGGUCCAACAGAGACGGGUGUUGCCUGCGCUGUGAACUCGAAGGUGACUUCAACAACCGAUCCAAAGGAUAUCGGUUUCCCUGUUGGUGGGCAUGCAUGGGUUGUUAACCCCGAAGAUCACGAUCGGCUUGUUCCCCCUGGAUGUGUUGGAGAGCUACUAGUUGAGGGACCCACUUUAGCCAGGGGGUACAUCAACAAUACCCAGAAAACUGCAGAUGCGUUCAUUUACGACCCCGUUUGGGCUCGUACAAGCGAAACCGGAGGCAAACCACGGCGAUUCUACAAGACUGGCGAUCUGGUUCGGUAUAAUUCGCCUGAAGGUUCUUUUAACUAUGUCGGUCGAAAAGACACCCAGGUCAAAUUCCACGGCCAGCGAGUUGAGUUGGGCGAAAUCGAGCACAAACUCAACCUCGCGCCAAAUGUGAAGCAUGGCCUGGUGCUGCUCCCAAAGACCGGCAACUGUAAAGGCAAAUUGGUCGCUAUUCUCUCAUUCUCCGACCAUGUUACGGAGAAGUUUUCCAAUGACCCAAAGUCGCUUCGACUUAUCGAGACAAAGAAGAGGGAUGAGUAUGUUGACAUGGUUCGUGAGACCAUGGCUGGCCAGCUACCGUCUUACAUGGUUCCCUCCAUCUGGGUCUGCAUGGAGUCUCUUCCUCGGCUACCUUCAGCAAAGCUCGAUCGAAAAGCGGUCGCAAAGUGGAUAGAUACCAUGACCGAAGAGGUCUACCAUGAAGUAUCCGGAGCGCAGCAAGUGGAAGCUGGUAGCAGCGAGAUGUCUAAGCCUGCCAAUGCAGUUGAGGCUGCAAUCCAGCUCGCUUGGAGCCGCAUCCUGAACAUUCCACUAAACCGCAUCAGCUUGGAACAGAGCUUUCUUAGCCUUGGAGGUGACUCCAUUACCGCCAUGACAUGUAUGGGCCAGUGCAAAAAGGCAGGACUUGGCUUUACUGUCCAAGAGAUAUUGCGGAGCAAGUCUAUCCGUGCGUUGGCUCCAUGCGCAAAGGAAGUCAAGAGAGCAGUUGAUCUCAAGGAAGAGAUUGAUGUUGACUUUGAACUUCAGCCUAUCCAGCAGUUCCACUUUACCGUCAGAAAUGAUGAGAUGGGGCACUUCAACCAGAGUUUCUUCCUCAAGUUGGCGAGGAAAACUAGCGAGAAUUCCCUCAAACACGCUGUUGAUACACUUGUUGAGCGACAUUCUAUGUUGCGGUCUCGGUUUAGACAAUCUGGACCUAAUGGUGAAUGGAGGCAAUAUAUCACUAACGACUAUAAAGCUUCGUGCCGGUUCAGAGUUCACAGCGUUCAAACGAAGAAGGAUGCUGAGCCUGCAAUUGCCGAUAGCCAGGCCUCGCUCAGUGCUACCAAGGGACCUCUAUUUGCUGUUGACCUGUUUGAUGUGAGUGCUGGCCAGCAACUUCUAUUCAUGACAGGUCACCAUUUAGUCAUUGAUUUGGUCUCCUGGCGUGUCAUCCUGGAAGAUCUCGAAGAGCUUCUUGUUAACCCUGCCAAUCCUUCUCUCAACGAUAAAUCAAUUCCCUUUCAAACGUGGGCUAAACUUCAAACAGAACACUGCCGUGAUCUCAGUCUUUCACAUGUUCUACCAAAUGAUAAUAUACCCCGUGCUAACUUCGCCUACUGGGGCACUGAUGUCAAAGCUAAUACCUACGGCGCUUCUGCUGCUGAAGGAUUUGAAAUUGAUGCUGCCACCACCUCUUUUCUUCUCACGGACUGCCACAACGGGCUUCGCACAGAACCUGUUGACCUCUUUGUGUCUGUUCUAAUCCACUCCUUUACCCAGGUUUUCACCGAUCGUGAGCCCCCUGCCAUAUUCAAUGAAGGCCACGGCCGUGAAAUAUGGGAUGAAUCAAUUGAUAUCGCUAGAACAAUUGGAUGGUUCACCACUGUUUAUCCGAUCUUUGUUCCUAACUCUACAUCUAAAGGCCUGGUAGACAUUACUAAACAUGUCAAAGACAUUCGCCGUGCAGUCCCUGGCAAUGGCCGACCAUACUUUGCUACCCGGUGGCUGACUGAAAAGGGCCGUGGAGCUUGGAGCCAACACGCCCCGAUGGAGUUGUCAUUUAACUACCUUGGCCAGUACCAGCAGCUUGAGCGAGAAGGCGCGCUUCUCAAUCCCGUCGAUGAGUUAGCUGGUGAAGCUAAGGAAGCUGGUGGCAUCGCCGAUUAUGGUAUUGGUACUCCUCGAUUUGGUCUUUUCGAGAUAUCUGCGGUUAUUGCUGCAGGUAAACUCAGGUUUUCCUUUACAUUCAACCGACACAUGAAGCACCAGAACCUCAUUCGACAGUGGAUUGCUCACUGUAAGAGCUCCCUGCAAAAUGCCUCUAAGUUAUUCAUGGGACUGCCCUUUACACCUACACUUAGCGACUAUCCACUCUUAGCAUUGAACUAUGACACUCUAGAGGCUAUGGUCACUGAAAAACUUCCACUCGUCGGAGCCAAGAAUGUGCAGGAUAUCGAAGAUGCCUAUCCCUGCUCUCCUAUGCAGCAAGGCCUUCUCCUUAGUCGCAGCAAAGACGGCGCCUUCUAUGCAGUCAAUGGUACUUAUGAAGUGAAACCAAAGGCUGGUACCAAUGUCAGUGCCGAAAAGCUUGCGGCUGCUUGGGAGCUGAUUGUGCGGCGUCAUCCUUGCCUUCGGACUGUUUUCAUUGAAGGUCUAAGUAGUGAUGGUCUUUAUGACCAGGUUGUGCUGAGACAAUCGCCCUUUGGUCCUUCACGACUUCGCUGUGCGAAGGAGUCUGAGGUUCUUUCGACUUUCAACAGCCAAGGAUUCAUGCAAUAUACUGACCAUACCCCUGCCAAUCGGUUCACCAUAUGUGAGACCUCAAAUGGAAAGGUAUUCUGUCGGUUGGAACUGAGCCAUGCCGUCAUGGAUGGCGCAUCAAUGUCUAUCAUUUUCGAUGACAUAUGUCGUGCUUAUACUGGGGAACUCAAAGACGAGACCGGCCCCCUUUUUAGUGCCUAUGUUGCCUACUUACAGACACAGCCAUUAGAUCAAGGUCUUUCAUUUUGGAAGCCUUACCUUGAUGGACUUGAUCCCUGCUAUUUCCCUGUUCUGAACGAUGGUAUCACUGUUAAGAAGGAACUUCAUAACAUUAAACUUGAGUUUAAGGAACUAGCUGCUCUCCAGAAGUUCUGUGACGCCCAGGGACUUACCUUGCCAAACGCUAUUCACACUGCCUGGGCUUUGACACUUCGGGCAUUUGUAGGCACCGAAGAUACGUGCUUUGGCUAUCUCUCCUCAGGGCGUGACGCACCAGUUGAAGGUGCAGAUUCUGCAGUUGGGCCGUUUAUUAACAUGCUCGUUUGCCGCGUCAAGAUGCCAGGAGAUACAACGCUCCUGAGUGUUCUAGAACAAGUUCAAAAGGACUACAUGGACAGUUUGCCUCAUAAGCACACCUCUUUGGCAGAAGUCCAACACGCGCUUAAACUAUCAGAUACUUCACUUUUUAACACUUGCGUUUCUUACCGCAAACUUCCUCCAAAUAAGAACAAGAAGCCAGCAAUAGCCUUCGAGGAGUUUGCCCCGACACACGACCCUGAUGAGUACCCAAUCUCUAUCAACAUUGAGGCUUCGGAUGAAGUCGUCGCAAUCGACCUUGACUAUUGGACGGAUUCAGUUUGUGACAAACAGGCCAAAAAUGUUGCCUCUUCAUUUUUCCGUUGUCUAGAGAAUAUCACUCACAAUUCUCACCUUGAGAUUGCCAAAUUGGACAACCUUAGCAACCUGGAUUAUGAGAUGAUUUGGAAGUGGAACAGUCUCAUUCCAUUGACAAUUCCCGACUGUGUUCACUAUGUAAUUGCUAAGCAAACCGCCCAACGACCCGAUGCCCCGGCUAUUUGUGGGUUUGACGCCAGUUAUACUUACAAGGAGCUUGACGAAGUCUCUACGCGUUUAGCUUCAUACCUUGUUGCCCUAGGCGUCACUCCGGAAACCUUUGUGCCGACAUGCUUCGACAAAUCUGCUUACACCGUUGUAUCUAUGCUGGCCGUUCUGAAGGCCGGUGGUGCCUGUGUUCCUCUUGAUGCCACCCACCCUAUGCCCGCACUGGAAACCAGGGUAGUUGAUACUGAGGCUCAAAUCGUCAUUGCAUCUGCUGCCAGAGCUGCCAUGUUUGAUGAUAUGGUCCCAUAUGUCGUUGCAGUUGACGCAGAAUUCCUCGAACAGCUGCCUGACUAUGGUGAGGACAAUGGGAUCCCUGCUGAGCCAUGCAACCCUGCAUUCGUUAUAUUUACCUCUGGAAGUACCGGAAAGCCAAAGGGUGUGGUGCUUGAGCACAGUGCAAUGGUUACUAGCGCUGAAGCUCACGGGUCUGCUUUGGGGGUCGGCCCCGAUACAAGAUUCCUCCAAUUCGCCACUUAUACGUUCGACAACAGCCUUGAGGAGAUGUUCACCACUCUCAUGCGUGGUGGAUGUGUCUGUGUUCCUUCAGAAGAUGAUCGUUUCAAUGAUCUGGCUGGUGCCAUUGAUAGGCUUGAUGCUAACUUCAUGGACCUAACGCCGACAGUUGCUACUUUUCUGAAACCGGCUGAUGUACCUAAGAUCAAGGCUAUGGCUGUUGGUGGCGAAGCUUUAACUAAGAAAGCCCAGGAAAUUUGGGGAGGUUCAAUUCCCAUGCACAAUCAAUACGGACCCUCGGAAUGCUCCAUUAACUGCGCACAUAAUGGGGAUGCUGGCACCGUCGAAGAUGUCUCUAAUAUCGGCCGCAGUGUCGGCAGCGUUUCCUGGGUUGUUGACCCAACAGAUCAUAACAAGCUUGUUCCGGUCGGCUGUGUGGGUGAAUUGUGUGUAGAAGGCCCAAUCGUUGCCCGUGGCUAUCUUAAUGACGAGGAGAAGACGGCGAAAUCCUUUGUUAUAAACCCAGCUUGGGCAGCUCGUGAUCCCAACCCUCGCGAGUUCCCUACCCGACGUAUGUAUAAAACUGGUGACCUUGUUCGCUAUAAUAGUGAUGGGACAAUGGCAUUCCUUGGUAGGAAAGAUACCCAGGUUAAGUUCAAUGGACAGCGAAUUGAGCUUGGUGAAAUUGAGUACCAUGUCAAGGAAAAUCUUCCUGAGGAUGCCCAGUCCGCAGUACAGCUUGUCGUUCUUGGUGGUGCUAAGUCACUCGCUGCCUUCAUUUAUCUCCAGACCUCUGCUGAUGCGGAUCCCAAUAAGACAAUCCUUCCAAUGAUCCCUUCAAUCCAGUCAUUGGCCAAAGAGCUGGAAGCCGCUGUGACAAAAUCGCUACCUGCCUACAUGGUACCUUCAAGCUAUAUUCCAGUUGCGAGAAUGCCAAUGACCUCUUCAGGAAAACUGGACAGACGUACCUUGACUAUCUGGGUCAAGGAGCUGCCGGACGAUGUUGCCAUCACAUAUAGACUGGGUGGUGUAGGUGGGCGAGCCCCUGAAACGGAAGCGGAGAAGAUUUUACAGGGACUUUGGGCGUCCGUCUUGUCAAAGCCUGCCACCUCCAUUGGCGCUGAUGACAGCUUCUUCCGCCAUGGAGGUGACUCAAUAGGAGCUAUGAAAUUGGUUUCAGCGGCUAGAGCCAAGGGAGUCACUCUCAGUGUUGCUAAGAUCUUUUCUUCUCCCAAGCUUUGUGAUAUGGCCAGGACCUGCUCAAUCUCUUCUUCUAACAGAUCUCUCGGAGCCGACCCUAUUGCAAAGGAGCCUGUGAAGCGUUUUGAACUUCUUCCACCCAGCGUCUCCAUAAAUGUCAUCGUAGAUGAAGUCUCUUCGAUCUGCAAUGUUGAUGCUUCCAGAAUCCAUGAUAUAUACCCAUGCACUUCACUGCAAGGUGGACUUGUUGCGCUUUCCAGCAAAACUCCUGGUUCUUAUGUCGCUCAAACUACCUUCAAGCUACCUGCUGACAUUGAUUUUGAGAAGUUCAGAGCAUCCUGGCAAGCUGUAGCUGAUUCAGAGGUUGUUCUGCGUACUAGGGUUGUUUUCACGGAUUUGCUUGGAUUCUUGCAGGUUGUUGUUAACGAGCCCAUUGAGUGGAACACUAUUGCUCAUUUAAACGAUAUCAAAGACGAAAACCGUCACCUUCCUGGUCGUGACGGUGGCCCCCUUGUGAAAUACACCAUCGUUGGAGAAGGAACCUCUACUCCAUACUUUGUGUGGAUCGCACACCACGCAUUGUAUGACGGUUGGAGUAUCCCCACGCUUCUUGAAAGAGUGGCCCAUUGCUACAAGAACCCAGAGUCUACCAGCACAGGCGCUGAAGCCUCCUUCCCAGAUUUCAUUAAGUACCUGUCAACUAUUGACAAAAAGGCGUCUGAUGACUUCUGGAUUUCUAAGUUAGAGGAUCCAAAGGCUACGCCUUUCCCUGCGCUCCCAUCCACUUCAUAUACAGUCCAGGCUACAAGCAAGUAUGCUCAUUCUGCUGAAGUUGUGAAGUCCCCCUCAAGAGAAACCACUGUCGCUUCCAUUAUUCGCGCUGCUUGGGGUCUCACAAUGGCAUUCUAUACCUCCUGCGAUGAUGUUAUAUUUGGCGAAAUUCUUACCGGGCGUGAUGCCCCAGUUCCCGGCAUUGAGGAUAUGAUCGGGCCUACCCUUACCUCUAUCCCUUCGAGAAUUCAGGUAAAUCGUGAGCAAACAGUCUCUGAAUAUUUACACGAUGUUCAGAAGCAGUUGGCAGAAACCAUGGCCUAUCAAUUUGCAGGCUUGUCUCAGAUUAAACGACUUGGAGACGAUGCUUCGACCUCAUGCGAAUUUCAGAAUGCUAUUGCCAUUACACAAGAUGCGGACGAAAGCGCUUUUGGAUUUUGGGAGAUGAUAAGCUCAGGAACCACUGGAAACAACUUUUAUACAUAUCCCCUUAAUCUUUCAUGCACUUUGCGCCAAUCUAACAGGAUUGAUAUCGAGGCUUACUACGAUCAGGCUGUUAUUUCUUCCUGGCAGGUAGAGAGACUGCUACGGCAGUUUGAUACCAUUCUCCACAAUCUAUCCCUAGGAGAGAAUGCCCAAAAGAAGGUCGGAGAGAUUGAACUGGUCAGCCCUGAUGAAGUGAAGGAGCUUGAAGCUAUCAACAAGAACGGUGCAAAAUUCAUUGAGCGAUGCAUUCAUGAACUUAUUCAAGAGCAGGCCAAACUACGGCCGCAAGCAGAGGCUAUCUGCUCUUGGGAUGGAUCGUUCACCUAUAGGGAGCUUGACAAUAUGUCAACUGCCCUCGCGCAUCACCUCAUUGAGUUAGGUGUAGGAUCAAACCCUGAGGUUUUUGUCCCUAUUUGUUUCGAGAAGUCAGCAUUUGCAAUUAUUUCAAUGCUGGCAAUUUUUAAAGCUGGCGGAGCGUUCGUCACUAUCGAUCCGGAGCACCCAAUUUCCCGACUCCAAGGCAUUAUCGCUGAUGUGGAGGCAUUCCUUAUUCUUUGUUCGCCAAAGCAUCAAGAACUGUGUGAUUCUGUCGCACCCCAAGCGCUGGCAAUCGAUCUUGAGAUGCUUCAGCAACUGCCAAAGCGUCAUCAGCUAACUCCUAAGGUCCCAGCCAGCAACGCAGCCUAUAUAAUAUUUACAUCUGGGACCACAGGAACACCCAAAGGGACUUUAAUUGAACAUUCCGCAUAUUGCUCCUCUGCUGCUGCCCACGCACCAGCAUUAGGAAUUACAGCAGAGUCCCGCACUCUUCAAUUUGCAUCGUAUACUUUUGAUGCCUGCUGCCCUGAGAUUCUAACAACUCUUAUUGUUGGUGGAUGUGUUUGCGUUCCAAGCGACUGGGAACGACUUAACGAUAUCAGCAACUAUAUCCGGGACAAACUCGUGUCAAAUGCCACCUUAACCCCAUCUUUUGUUCAAUUGAUGAAUCCAGACGACGUUCCGAACCUGAAAUACCUUGCACUUGUUGGAGAGGCCAUGUCAUCUGCACAUGUAGCAAAUUGGGCUGGAAGAUUGAAUUUGCUAAAUGGAUACGGGCCUAGCGAAUGCUCAGUUUCAGCGGUCAUCAAUAGUAAGAUGGACGUUAAAAGCAAUCACAAAAACAUUGGCCGUCCACUCGACCGGUGCUGGAUUGUUGAUCCUGUUAACCAUGAUAGGCUGGUGCCAAUUGGAGCCGUUGGAGAGCUAUUAAUAGAGGGUGCUACUCUUUCAAGGGGCUACCUCAAGAGAGACGAUAAGACGAAGGAGGUGUUUAUACAAAAUCCAAAAUGGGCAAAGCAAUAUAAUGGUGCCGCACGGAGAAUGUAUAAGACUGGUGACCUUGUUAAAUACGAUCCGAAUGGCUCUAUGAAUCUCGUUUUCAUGGGCCGUAAAGAUACCCAAGCUAAAGUUCGCGGUCAACGGCUAGAACUUGACGAAGUUGAGCAUCACCUUGGUGCCGAUAAUCUCAUCCAGCAUGCCCUCGUGGCAGUCCCGUCGAAGGGUUUCGCUGCUAAGAAACUCACGGCUGCAGUUACAUUCCAUAGCCUUACUUCUUCUUUGGAUGCUGCUACUCCUCUGCAGGUCAUCAGCUCCGAAAGGGCUAUUCAAAUGGCAUCGGAAGCUCGUGAGCGACUGCGAAAGAGGCUUCCCGGCUACAUGGUUCCUUCUAAAUGGGUUGUUUUUCACAAACUACCAUUGAUGUCUUCCGGAAAACUCAACAGGAGACAAAUCGUUACUGUUAUGGAGAAAAUGGAGGACAGCCCAGAAGCUACUCCCACGACCACCUCUGACUCUCCUGAUACCCAUUCAGCCAAAGCGGUCGAAACUGCUCCUCAAAUUGAUAUUCGUGAAAUUCUCUGGAAGGUCUGGAGUCAGAUACUCAACUUACCAAUGGAAGAAGCCGAUAUGAAUUCCUCAUUCCUUCAUUUGGGUGGUGACAGUAUUUCUGCCAUGCAAGUCAUGGCUAGGUGCCGCUCUCAGGGUAUUACUGCAAGUGUGCAGGAUAUCAUGCAGAGUAAAUCAAUUACAGACUUGACAACUCGAGUUAAGGUGACAAAAUCGCUUGCGAGCGCACCUGUGAAUGAAACAAAAACAGUUGAGAACGGAAAGCCGUUUAGGCUUUCUCCCAUCCAGCAGGUCUACCUUGACAAUGCUGGAGACAAUUGGAGGCAAUUUAACCAAAGCGUUUUGCUGAAGGUUACCAAAAGGAAGAGCAAUGAUGUUAUUUCCCGAGCUAUGGACCAGCUGAUAAGUCUUCACCCCAUGCUACAUGCUCGAUUCCAGAGAAAUAAGAAUGGAGAGUGGCGUCAGCAUAUCAGCAGUGACUUGAAGGGAUCACUCAGAUUGCGAACACAUUCUGAUGCACGAUGUGGCCAGAUGGGUUCUUUGAUUGAACAGAGCCAGAAGGCUUUAGACAUAGAAAAUGGGCCCCUAGUUGCGGUUGACAUCUUCUCUCUGCCUGGGUCUGAGACUCAGAUGUCGAUAGCAAUUCAUCAUCUUGUCAUUGAUGUGGUCUCAUGGAGAAUUGUCCUCCAAGACCUCGAAGACCUACUCAAUGGUGCAUCAGUUACUCGACAAGACCUGACCUUCCAAUCCUGGUGCGAAUUGCAGAUACAGAAUGCUCAGGAAGACAGCGUUAAACGUGUCAUUCCUGCAACUACUGUCCCACCAGCAGACCUUACUUACUGGGGGAUGGCUGGAAAGUCCAACACCUUCGGUGAAGUUCUAACUGAAGAAUUUGAAUUAGAGCAAUCAACCACGACCCGUAUUCUCGACGCUUGCCAGAGACAAAUUGGGGCUGACCUGAUUGAUGUUCUUCUUGCAACUAUUCUUCUCUCCUUCCGUCAAGAAUUUACUAAUCGUCGCGUGCCACCGGCGGUCUUUAACGAAGGCCAUGGUAGAGAGCCCUGGGACUCCAGCUGUGACCCAUCAUCUAUAGUUGGAUGGUUCACCACCAUGAGUCCUGUAUACCUUCCAGCUGAUGCUGACACUGAUUCUAACUAUUCGUUUAUCGACACCAUUCGAUGGGUUCAGGACUUCCGAUCCAGGACUCCUGGGAAGGGCAGACCAUAUUUUGCUUGCCGCCAGCUAACCGAAGCCGGAAAAGAAGCAUUUGGAAGCCAUUGGCCGAUGGAAGUUGCUUUCAAUUACUUGGGACAGAUGCAAGCAAACAGCCAGACGGAGUCUCUCCUGGAACCAGUUGACGGAGCGGGUGGGCAAUCAGUCAAUUCCCUUUCUGAUAUUGGCCCCAAUGUUCCUCGUUUCGCACUCUUUGAAAUAUCGACGGUCGUAGAACAGGGAAUCUUGAAAUUGUCCUUCACUUACAAUAAAAAUAUGCAUCGAAGACAAGGCAUUCAAGGUUGGUUCUCAAAGUGCCAAACUCUACUUGAGAGUACUUACCAGCUGUCACAAAUGCAAACAUUCGCACAUGCACAAUUCCCACGUUUACCCCUGGCUUUUGGCAGUUCAAGGAGAAUUUCCGAAGAGCUUCCUUCCCUGGGUGUUCAAUCUAUGAACGACAUCGAAGAUGCCUAUAUGAUUUCCCCAAUGCAACGUGGCAUCCUUAUCAGCCAGCUGAAGGACCCCGAGAAAUAUGCAUAUCAUUCCGUUUUUGAGGUGAAAUCAAAUAAGAGAGGCCACCGUAUCAACCUUAAGCUACUGGAAGCAGCCUGGCAGGCCGUCGUUCGCCGCCAUAGUGCUCUCCGAACUGUAUUCAUCGACAGUGUGUCUGGCAACAACCUGAUGGACCAAGUGGUUUUGAAGGAGUUCCACGCACGAACCCUUCUGCGAGAGCAUUCGAAUGAAGAUUACAACGCUGCUAUUGAAAACCUUGAGCCACUGGAUUACACUGAGAAGCAACCACCACACCGUAUGACGCUCUGUCAAACGCCUAGCGGACGAGUUGUCUGCAAACUCGAGAUCAGCCAUGCAGUCUCCGACGGCUCUUCGAUGAUGAAUAUGCUGAACGAUUUGUCCGCUGCAUAUGCCUCUACUUCAGAUUUGGGUACCGCAAUGCCGUACAGUGACUUCAUUGCUCAUCUCCAAUUAACCUCAAAGGAAGCUGGUGUUGCAUACUGGAAAACAUACCUUAGUGGUCUUGAACCAUGUACACUGCCUUCACUGGCUCCAGUUCCACCACCAAAGGAGAGAACAGUAGGGGAAUAUGUUAUGAAGCUUCCCAUAGGAUCCGAGCUGCAAUCCUUCUGUAAGCAGGAAGGGCUUACUCAGUCGAAUGUCCUUCAACUAGUUUGGGGACUUGUACUCCGCGCCUAUACCGGCUCUGAUGAAGUCUGCUUUGGAUACGUCGCUUCCGGACGUGAUCUACCAAUAGACGGGAUUUAUGAAGCUGUUGGCGCUUUCAUUAACAUGCUGAUAUGCCGCCUGAACUUGACAGACAACUCUGUUCUCAUUGAUACUCUCCAAAAGACCCAAUCUGAUUAUAUGCAGAGUAUCAGCUACCAAAACUGCUCUCUAGCAGAGGUGCAGCAUGAGCUGGGCUUAGGAGACACUGCCUUGUUUAACACUGUCUUUACAUUCCAGAAGCGACCAAGCUCUGAUGAUACGGAAGAUACACUCCUUUCGUUUGAGUCGAUUGGGGCCACUGAUCCUAACGAGUUUAACAUGUCCAUCAACAUUGCCGCCAUAGACUCUGAUCUUGAAAUUGAUUUUGGUUAUUGGUCAGAUACUGUAUCUGAUGCCCAUGCCGAGAACAUUGCCAAUACAUUCAAACAAAUCCUUAGCGAUAUUAUUGAAAAUGGCGUUGAUAGACCUCUUGGAGAUGUUAACCACUUUGGUGAGCAUAGCUACCAGCAAGUCCGUUCCUGGAAUGCCCAGAGCCCCAAGGUCGUUGACAAGUGUGUCCAUGAAAUCAUCGAGGAGCAAGCCAUGCUCCGACCACGUUCGGCUCCUGCAAUCUGUGCAUGGGAUGCAACUUUCACUUAUUCAGAGCUGGAUGCUGCCGCAUCUCGUGUCGCUGCACAGCUGAUGAAUCUUGGAGUUGGGCCCGAUGUUUAUGUGCCUUUGUGUUUUGAGAAAUCUGCGUGGGCAAUUGUGGCCCAGUAUGGUAUUCUUAAGGCCGGCGGCGCCUUCGUUUCACUCGAUCCUUCUCAUCCGGAACAAAGAUUGGCGAACCUGAUAGAAGAUGUUGGUGCUGAAGUCGUUUUAUGCUCUCCUCGUCUUCACGAUAAGAUUAGAAAGAUUGCUAAGAAGGCAGUCGUCUUGGACUCAAAGACGGUUCAACAAUUCCCAAAGCAACCUUCACAGCAACCAGAAAACUACCCGGACCCAUCUAAUGCUGCGUACAUUAUCUUUACCUCUGGAACCACAGGUAAACCAAAGGGAACCGUUAUCGAGCAUGCUGCUAUCUGUACUGGAUCCGAUGCUCAUGGCAAAGCUCUUUUGAUGGACAGCUCUAGUCGUGUCCUACAAUUUGCAUCCUACACCUUUGAUGCCAGUGUCACCGAGAUACUCACUGCGCUUCAAGUUGGUGCAACCAUAUACGUUCCCAGCGACGAGGAGCGGAUGAACGACCUGCAAGAUGUUAUCGCAAAGGGCAAAGUGAAUUGGACACUUCUAACCCCUUCAGUUCUUAGCACUUUGAAACCCCAAAAGGCCAUUAAGGAAUGGGUUGGGGGCCCAGCGGUAGUCAACGCAUAUGGCCCGACAGAGGCUUCAGUCGUGGCAUCGGCCAGCUUGAAGGUCAACAAAGCGGGUGUUUCAGUGGACCAGAAUCGAUCUAAUAUCGGAACCGCUUGCGGAUGUCGAACCUGGGUCGUUGAUCCUCGCAACAUCAACCGCCUAAUGCCCGUGGGUGCUGUUGGUGAACUUCUUAUUGAAGGUCGUACAGUCGCGCGAGGCUAUAUCAAUAAUCCCGAGAAGACGAGCGAGGUCUUCAUCAGCAAUCCAGCCUUCUCCAGGGAGCGCCGCUUCCGAAGCCUCUUCUCUCAAAGACACCGCAUGUACCGUUCAGGGGAUCUUGUUCGAUACAAUCCCGACGGUACGAUCAACUACAUCUCACGCAAGGAUACCCAGAUCAAGCUCAACGGCCAACGAAUUGAGCUUGGAGAAAUUGAAUACCAUUGCAAAGUGAAUCUGCCUGACCAAACGCAAGCUGGAGUUGAUCUGAUAGUACCAUCAGACAGAGCUAAGAAGACUCUUGCAGUUUUCUUUAGCGUCCCAUCUGCCCGUAGCCAGCCGUCAACACUCACCAACACUGAUGGUUCUCCCGCUGACGAACUGCUACUGCCUAUGAACGAUGCUAUUAGGACAAUCGCAAAGUCUCUCGAGACCAAGCUCGGUACCGCAAUUCCAACAUACAUGGUUCCACACCUCUUCAUCCCCAUGACGAAGCUUCCUUGGUCUGCAGCUGGCAAGUUGGACAGAAAUCGCCUCCGAAAUAUCACCCAGGCACUAUCCAAAGAGUCUAUCAAAUCCUUCCGCCUUACUGGUGUUGCUGGGAAGCGUAACGUUUCUUCUACCGGGCUCGAGAGUAAGCUCCAGUCUCUUUGGGAGAGUGUUUUGGAUCUCCCUAAGGGAUCUGUCGGUACUGGUGACAGUUUCUUCCGUCUUGGAGGUGACUCGCUAGCUGCCAUGCAGCUUUCAGGAUCAGCUCGUUCUUCUGGAAUCUCUCUUACAUUUGCAAAUAUUUUCAAGCAUCCUAUCCUUGCUGACAUGGCAUCGGCAUGUGUUGUGCUAAAAGGUGGCUCAUCGAUGGAAGUACGCCCAUUCAGCCUGCUUAAGACCAAUGAAUCCAUUGACGCGAUCAAGACAGAAGUUUCCCAGCUCUGCCGCAUCAACUCAGACCUGGUGCACGAUAUAUACCCCUGCAGUUCUCUCCAGGAAGGCCUCAUUGCUCUGUCGUUGAAGCAGCCGGGCGCUUAUGUUGCUCAUAACGUAUUCAAACUCUCCCCUUCUCUCAACCUUGACCAUUUCAAGGCUGCCUGGCAGAAGGCUGUUGAUGAUUUGACGACCCUCCGCACUCGCAUCGUUCAUACAGCUUCUUCAAACUUCCAACAGGUAGUUCUCAAGCAUGAAGCCAUUUCCUGGCACUCUGCACGGAGCUUGGAGGAGCUUUCUGGUGAAGCUGCCUCUGUUCCUCCAUUCAAUGGUGGUAGCCUGACCAAAUACACUAUUGUCCAGACUCCACGCUGUCGAUACUUUACUUGGUCAAUCCACCAUGCCCUAUAUGAUGGAUGGAGCUUGCCCCUUAUUCUUCAGCGGGUCGAAUCCAUCUACCGAGGACAAACUCCAGAGGCACCAAAGAGCUCAUAUGCAGACUUCAUCAGCUAUCUUUCAACAACCGAUGAAGACAGUACUAAACAGUUCUGGACAGCUAAGCUUGCAGACAUAUCUUGCUCCAAAUUCCCGCCUCUGCCACCGACCAAGGAUCAGUCAGAAACCAGGACUCUUUCCCGUCACAUUGCAACCUCGUCAGUAGGAGGUGUCACAUUGCCGACCAUCAUUCGUGCGGCUUGGACACUAGUUUUGGCUAGCCACACUGCCUCUAACGAUGUGUGUUUCGGUGAAAUAUCGACAGGCCGCAAUAUCAACGUUCCCGGCAUUGCCGAUAUUGUCGGCCCAACCCUUACCACUAUUCCCACUAGAAUCCAAGUCAACCCCCAGGCAACGGUUGCAAAUUUCUUGCAGGAGGUGCAACAAGACUCUGCAGAUGUCGUUCCUCACCAGCAUGCUGGUCUCCAAUAUAUCAGAAGGUUGAACGGCGAUGCGUCUGAAGCCUGCGAUUUCCAAAAUCUCCUUGUUAUUCAAACCGCACAAGGAGAGGGUCAGGAGGAUCUCUGGGAAAUUCAAGCAAAUGGAGACGUAAAUAACUUCUUCACCUAUCCGCUUGUCAUCGAGUGCCAACUAUCGAAGAAGGAUGUCGGGGUCACGAUAUACCACAAGGAGGGUAUCAUCAGCACCUGGACCGUCGAGCGGAUCCUGGAUCAGUUCAGCUAUGUCAUGGACCAGCUGUUCAAGAAGGCACCCACCACCAAACUCAGCGAACUUGAAGUUCUUUGUCCCAAAGACAAGGAAACAAUCAAAUGGUGGAAUCGACGCAAGCCGGUGCAAGUUAAUGAGUGCGCCCACGACAUAUUCAAUCGACUGGCGGAUACGCAGGGAAACAAGCUGGCCGUGGUUGAUUUUGAACGACAGCUAACAUAUCGCGAACUCAAAGAUCUUUCUCUGCGGUUUGCUAAACUUCUUUCUGGACACGGCGUUGGCCCCGAGGUUUUCGUUCCUAUUUGUGUUGAUCGGUCUGCUUGGACCAUAGUCGCGAUGAUGGCUGUGAUAAUGGCCGGAGGUGCAUAUGUGCCGUUGGACCCCUUGCACCCUAGCUCCAGGCACCAAGAGAUUGUACAGGAGAGCGGUGCGAGACUGGCUAUUUGCUCACCCGGGUAUCUCGAUCGCUUCUCGGCCUUUGUGGACACUGCUCUAGUGAUUGAUGAAACCACUGCCAUGUCUCUCCCGAGUGUGUACUCACUCCCAUCAAGGGCAAAACCACACAACAGUGCCUAUGCCAUCUUCACUUCAGGUAGCACCGGAAAGGCAAAAGGUAUCGUUAUCGAACAUCGUGCCUUUGCCAGCGCCUCAGCUUCCUUGAGCGUCAACCUGUGUGUGCAUCCAGAUUCCCGAGUGUUCCAGUUCGCAUCCGUUUCCUUCGAUGCCUCAGUUUUGGAAAUCCUUACUACUCUUACUAUUGGUGCCUGCAUCUGCAUACCUAGCGAAAAGGAGCGUCUAGCAGAUAUCCCCGGCGCCAUUUCCAGAAUGAACGUUACCUGGACAUUUUUGACACCUUCGGUUGCCAAUGUUGUUGACCCCGAUGCUACUCCAUCUCUGAAAACCCUUGUCUGCGGAGGUGAAGCCAUGUCCCGCGAGGUCAUCGCUAGAUGGGCGGAUAAGGUCCAAUUGAUGAAUGGCUACGGACCAACUGAGACGACCAUUAUUGCAGUCACCAAUACAAAGACCUCAUACGAAAAGUCCAGCCUCUCCAUUGGUCAUCCACUCCCAUCGUCACUGGGCUGGGUCCUUGAUCCAAGAGACCACAAUAAGCUGGCUCCAUUAGGCGCCAUAGGAGAGCUGGCACUUGAAGGCCCUAUUCUGGCCCGUGAGUACCUUAAUUCUCCUGACAAAACAGCCGAAGGCUUCCCAGAGAAUCCAGCAUGGGCUACAGAGUUCCCAAUAGCCUCUCAAGUAACCAGACGGAUUCAUAAAACUGGUGAUCUCGUCAGAUAUACAUCCCAAGGCGCCCUGGAAUACUUCGGACGCAAGGAUCAUCAGGUCAAGGUGAACGGUCAGCGGUUAGAGCUCGGCGAAAUCCAAAGUCGCCUGGACUCAAAUACUGAGGUCCGACAUGCCUUGGUUUUGAUGCCAAAGGCUGGUCCCUGCAAGAAGAAACUUGUUACCAUACUUUCUUUGGAAGAUUUGGGCUCCGGUCGGGAGUUGUCGACCGGAAGCCUCGAGCUAUUUGAAGAGAAAUCUUUGGUCGAAAAAGCAAAUGCAAAGAUUGAUAAAAUUCAGGAUGAUCUUUCAAAUCAAUUGCCAUCAUUCAUGGUCCCGCAGCUCUGGAUACCGGUCAAAGCCAUUCCUCUUCUUGUUUCAGGGAAGUUGGACCGCAAGCUGGCUCUAAAAUGGAUUGAGAACCUGGACCAGGAAACGUUCAACCGAAUCAAUCCAUCCUCAGAGGAGGAGGAAGACAGCCCAGGUCAAUCGACUGGGACAACGGAAAUCCUGCGGGGGAUCUGGGCAAGCGUACUCAAUAUUGACAUUAAGGAUGUCAAAUUGAACAAAUCUUUCAUGAGCCUUGGAGGCGAUAGUAUCACUGCUAUGGGUGUCAUGUCCCGAUGCCGCAAAGAAAAUAUUGAGCUUUCUCUUCAUGACGUCUUGCGUACCAAGUCGGUAGUUCACCUUGCCAGCUGCGUUGGACAUAAGGUGUCUGGUCCUCAGAAGGAGGAGGUUGUGGACGAGUUAUUUGACUUGUCUCCUGUCCAGCAGUUAUAUUUCCGAUCUUCUCAGUCUCAGGACGGAGACUCCCGGUUCAACCAGAGCUUCACUCUCCGAAUUACCAAGCCGACGGACGCUCCCACGGUAAAGCUUGCUAUUGAAGCUAUAGUCGACAAGCACUCAAUGCUCAGAGCCAGGUUCGUGCAUGAUGGAAACAGCUGGCGCCAAAAAAUUACCAAGGAUACCACCGGUUCUUUCCGCUGCCGAGCUCAUGAUAAUGCAAGGAAAUAUGACAUUCCUCGUAUUAUUAAAGACGCUCAAAUGUGCCUGGACAUUGAACGGGGCCCAAUCCUGGCUGCUGAACUACUCAACACACAGAAUGGAGAACAGUUCAUUUUCAUGACUGCCCACCACGUUUGCGUCGACAUGGUGUCCUGGCGUAUCAUCCUCCAGGACCUAGAGGAGUUCAUAGGAACCAAAUCUCUUGCCAUUGACAAGCCACUCUCAUUCCAGUCAUGGUGCUCUGCUCAAACCUCCCAUUUGAAGACCCACGACACCAGCUCACUUCUUCCGUUUGAUGUGAAGCCUUCAAACCUCUCAUACUGGGGAAUGGAAGGUACGCAAAACACCUAUCAUAAUGCCGAAUACGAAACUUUCCAGCUAGAUAAAGCUACUUCCGGCCUUGCCCUGGGUGAUAGCCACAAAGCGUUCCAGACGGAGCCAAUAGAUCUGUUCCUUACUGCGAUCGUCCACUCCUUUGCGAGGGUAUUCCAAGAUCGAGAGGUCCCCACGCUAUACAAUGAAGGCCAUGGUCGUGACUCAUGGCAAGGAGGUCCUGACCUGUCCAGGACUGUUGGCUGGUUCACCAGCAUUUGUCCGGCAACAAUACCGGUGGAUAUGCAAAACGGAAAGGAUGAUGUAUUGGAUACCCUCAAGCGUGCCAAAGAUAUUAGACGCCAGAUCCCAGAUAACGGGCGACUCUACUUUGCCAACAGGUAUUCAACAAUGCAUGCUUCUCAGCAUGAUGAUACUUUCCCUAUGGAAAUCGUAGUCAACUACCUCGGUCGCAUGCAACAGCUUGAACGUGAUGACUCCCUUUUGCAACAAGCAGACCUAAUUACGGACGAGGAUGAGGCAAAGAGCACUGGUGACAUGGGCCCAAGAACUAUUCGUUUUGCUCUUUUCGAGAUAUCCGCUAUCGUACUCCAGGAUCAAAUCCGCUUCACAUUCAUGUUUAACAAGAAUAUGAGACAGGUACAGCGCAUCCGUCGAUGGAUCUCAGAGUGCAAGCAAACUCUACGUGAGACUGUUGAUGCCAUGAGCCAUAGUGCUCCUGAGCCAACCCUCAGCGACUAUCCUCUUUUGCCGAUUUCAUACGAAGCGCUUCAAAAACUCUCCAAGUCAGCCUUCCCGAGAGCUGGUGUUUCUAGUCGUGAUCAGGUUGAGGAUAUCUAUCCAUGUUCUCCUAUUCAAGAAGGUAUCCUGUUGAGUCAGCUGAGAGACCCUGACAGCUACGUCUUCCACACCAGCUUCGAAGUUACCUCUGCCAAAGGGUCGAAGAGGAUUGACGCACAGAAACUCGGUCGAGCCUGGCAACAAGUUGUUGACCGUCAUGCUGCGCUACGUACGGUUUUCAUUGACAGCCCGUGCCGAGGUGUUACCUUCUGCCAGCUGGUUGUUAAGGAAGUUAACAGUGGCGCUAUCCACAUCUCAUCUGACAGUUCAAACGCAAUGGAUAAGAUGAAGACAAUCAGGCUCAAAGAUAAUAACGGCAAGAAACGCCCACAGCUACCCCAUCAGAUUACCAUCUGCUCGAGGUCUGAUGGUGGCGUCAUAAUCAAGAUGGAAAUCAAUCAUGCUGUUAUUGAUGGCGGCUCCGUAUCCAUCUUGAUGGCAGACUUAGCUGCCGCGUACGAGGGCCGACUUCCAACCGGACAAGGUCCACUGUACAGCGACUACAUUCUAUUUAUUCGAAGCCAAUCAACGGCCGGUGAAAUUAAAUUCUGGAAGAAUUAUCUUGGAGGUCUGAAGCCGUGUCAUCUCCCGCGGCUCGGCUCCGUCUCGGGCACCCAGAAACAGUUGCGUACAACCUUUGUCAAGUUUGAACGUUACCCAGAACUUCAAGCUAUGUGUGAGCAGCAGAAGGUCACCAUGUCCAAUGUUAUGCACGCCGCUUGGGCGGUCGUCCUACGGGCAUAUGUUGGAUCAGACGAUGUGUGCUUCGGGUACCUAUCCGCCGGCCGUGACGCCCCUGUCAAUGGCAUUCAGGAGACAAUUGGAGCAUUUAUCAACAUGCUUUGUUGCCGUGUUGUCUUCUCCCCAGGAGCAUCAUUCCAUGAAAUUUUCCGCAAAGUUCAGGAAGAUUAUCUUGACAGCUUGCCAUAUCAGAGAUGUUCCCUUGCUGAAGUUCAACAUGAGCUAGGACUUGCAGGCAAGCCUUUGUAUAAUACGGCCAUCUCUUCCCAGAAUCAUGCAAAAUCCAGUGAUGCUGUUGAAGAAGGCAUCCUCUUCGAGCCUUUGGGUGGACAUGAUCCAAGCGAGUAUGCUAUAACCGUGAACGUUGAGACUGCUAAGGGUGAUGAAGGCGUCCUUCUCCGAUACUGGGACAAUAUGGUUAGCGAGGCUGAAGCUCAGAAGAUGGCCGCAAGUAUGGCCCACGUAUUAACAUCUUUCAUCACUCGCCCUGAGCAGCUUGUUUCCGACUAUGACCCAACGAAGAUGACAGAUUCAAGAAUGCGCGAGGAGCUUCCCCAAAGUAUUCGAGAAGAACCAAAGCAGGCCGAACUUGAGUCUAAUCUUGCUCAAAUGUCUACUGGGAACCUUAGCACGGAACAAUUGCUCAGCAAUAAUGCCGAAUUACGAAAGAUCGUUGACUCCUGCGUCCAAGAUAUACUACAGAAAAUGGCCAAAUCAGGACAGCUUGCCACCAAGAGUGCUGAUGAGAUUUUGCUGAAUAAUUCCCGUCGAGAUAUUGGCGACAACAGCAAGGCCAUGAGCACUGAGCAAACACUCCAUCCCGAGUCCGUCAAGGGCAUGGAACCCGAGACUGCCACCCCCUCUGAAGCCUGGGAGCAAUCAGACUACAACCCCAAGACUGACACAGACCGGACGUCAAUGGCAGCCCAUAUUAACAAGAGAGGAAGGUCAGCUCACAUUGAGAAGAAGCUCCUGGUACUCUGGAGUUCCAUGUUAGAAAUGGAUGAAGACUCAAUUUCAGGAGAAGACAGUUUCUUCGAGUUAGGAGGCGACAGUCUCACAGCCAUGAGACUUGUAGGAGCUGCACGAGAUGAAGGCCUGUCACUCACAGUAGCUGAUGUGUUCCGAAACCCUGUAUUCGAGGACAUGGUUGCUGUGAUUCGUGUGGCUAGCAUGAUGAACACCUACGUUGAUGGUGCUGAUAUGGAUGACUUCAAUGCACAAAGCCAGGCAAUUCGAUCAGCAGCCACGAGUGAACUCUACCAAAGAUUCUCUCUAGUUAAGGCUCCCAACAUCGAUGCCUUCCUCCAAAACAACAUUAUUCCGAAGGUUGGUGUCUUCAAGGGAGGUAUGGUAGAUGUCCUUCCUGUGACCGAUUUCCAGGCUCUUGCCAUCACUGGCUCUCUCCUAGAAUCGAGAUGGAUGCUCAACUACUUCUAUCUCGAUGGACACGGAGUCUUGGAUCUUCGAAGGCUCAAGAGAAGCUUUAUUCGCCUUGUCCACUCGGUUGACAUUCUCCGUACGGUGUUCUUGCCCAGUGGUGACCGCUUCCUCCAGGUCGUUCUCCGCAAAAUGCGCCCUGAUUUCUUCGUCUAUGAAACCGAGUCCAACCUUGAUGAGUUUGUCGCAAUGUUGCAGCAGCGAGAUCGUGAGCAAGGCCCUCGUCUUGGUGAAGCGUUCGUUAACUUCACUGUUGUCAAAGAAAAAGAUAGCAACCAUCACCGGAUCAUUAUGAGAUUAUCCCAUGCUCAAUAUGAUGGAGUCUGCAUAUCAAAGAUCUUUAGCGCAAUUCAAGCUGGCUAUGACGAUGAACCGCUUCCUGUGAUGUCUUCGUUUGCCAGUUAUGUUCGGUCUUCUGCCUCCACCAUAACAUCGGAUCACUAUCAGCACUGGAAGACUCUCCUCAAAGGCUCCAAGAUGACAGAAAUCGUCCGACGAGAGGGACCAAACUACCGACGAUCAGCAGGUGCCACUAGUCAACUAAAACAAACGGUCCUGCUGCCUGCCAUCGCCCACGGAAAUAUUACCACCGCUACAGUGAUCAAGGCAGCGUGGGCAAUGGUUCUAGCACAACUUUCAGGAAGUCCCGACGUUGUAUUUGGCCACACAAUCAGCGGUCGUAACACCACAGUUCCCGGAGUCGAGAGUACAGUCGGCCCCUGUCUUAACAUUAUCCCCGUCAGAGUACAAUUCAGCGAACGUUGGACAGCACUUGAUCUCCUACGUUUCGUUCAGGACCAGCAAGUCCGCAACAUGUCAUACGAAGCUCUCGGAUUCCGUGAGAUUACCAAGCAUUGCACAGAAUGGCCAGACUGGACCAACUUCACCACCGUUGUCCAGCAUCAAUUCGCUAGUGUCACUGGUGAGAUGACUCUGGGCAGAAACACCUACACCAUGGGAGCAGUUGGAACCGAGGAAGACUUUUCUGAUUUCUCCGUUGUAUCAAGCCUACAAGAGGGUGACAAAUGUGAGAUAGCGCUUGGCUUCUCACUCAACAGCUCAAUCACGCCCAUUUUCGCCCAAAAGGUCCUAAACAUGCUUUGCAACACCAUCUCCAACUUUAUGGCCGACACAAGCAUGGUCUUGCUUUCUCCUCAGCAGAUAUCAAAGAUGCCACCCCAGACUAUCGACGAAACUCAAAAACCAUAUGACAGCUAUUUCCUUUCCUCACAGCUGCAAGACCUUACCCAGGCUGAGAUUCUAGUUCUUUCCGAUAUUCUCAGCCGAGCCUGGCGUCAAGUCCUGGGAGAAGAGAACACAACAAGCUUAAACCUUGAAUCUUCCUUCUUUGAUCUCAACGGUGAUAUAAUGGGUCUCGCACAGGUGGCUUGGCUGCUUGAGCAAGAAGGAUUCACAGUGCGUGUGGAAGACCUUAUUGAUCACCCCACUAUGCUGGGACAGAUGGCUACCCUAUGUUCUCAACGAUCGAUGGAGAAAGAAAAGGCUAUCGAGGCCUCGUCAUCUCAGAAUUCAAUCGAGGAUGACUAUGACUCUGUGCCGAAUGCCAAGGUAGAAAAGAAUUCCUGGUUCAAGGCUCUGGGCAUGGCCAGACGAAUGGUUCGACGAAAUACCCGUCCUUCUUAA